GACACAUGGACUAUUCCAUCGUCUCCAAUAUCGGCGCUCUUAUCUCCCCAAAAGCGGCACCAUUUUGCCGUGAUGCAGUUCGCAGCCGAAUACAACAGCUCGAGGCACUCCGAACGCCCCUGUGGAGAACAUAGAACAAACCGUUUGCGUAACGUAGUUCAGUUAGACCGGCAGCUCUUCAGUAGAUGGAGGUAAACACGGAAUACCCGUCCAUCUGUGAUGACUGAAGCAGACGCCUUCGACGCGUCCACAGAAGACCCACCUCCCGGCCACGACACGGCGGACAACGUCACUGCGCUCCUAAACAACGUCACCGAUGCCGUGGCGACGGAAGAAGUGAUGGGACCUCGCUACCACAAGCGGGUCCGAAUAGGCAUCAUCAUCACCAUGAUCAUCCUGUCUGUAGUCGGCAACACCGUUGUCUGCUGCAACCUGCUCGUGAGGCAGCGCCGGCGGCGGGUGUCCAAGGCACGGGUGCUCUUCCUGAACCUGGCCGUUGCGGACCUGCUGGUGGCCUGCAUCACGAUGACGUCACAAGUUGUAUGGGAAGUGAUGGGCCGGCUGUGGAUCGCGGGAGACGCCUUCUGCCGCUUCUUCAAGUUCUUGCAGACCUUCGCACUUGUCUCGUCCACCUACAUGCUAGUGGCAAUCGCGAUAGACCGGUACAUCGCCAUCGCGACGCCGCUCGCACCGAGCACGGACCCGUGGAAGCUGGCUGCCCUGACGUGGUUGACGUCGUGCAUGCCCUCGCUGCCGAACGUUUACGUCUUCCACAGCGUCGAAGUGGCGCCCGGCAAGUGCUUCUGCGCGUCCAUCUUCUACGACCGCGACACGCCGCUCUACCACCGCCAGAUAUACAUGGGAUUCGUGUUCUUCACGGUGUUCGUCAUGCCGCUUGUGCUGCUCAUUGCGUUCCACGCGGGAAUACUGUGGGCCAUCUGGAAGCACAGUGCGACCAAUCGAAACAUGAGCCGGCAAACCACUUCGUCGCUGCCUCGAGCAAAGGUAAAGACGUUGAAGAUAACGGCCGUGGUUUUCGGCGCCUUCCUGGUGACGAACGUGCCGUACAUGGUGCAAGAGGCCAUCCUGGCCUUCGGCAACCCGGGUAUCCUGGACGCCAAUAUGGUGGCGCUCUUCGGCGUCAUCUCGGCUUCCAACAGUGCCAUCAACCCGUACAUCUUCCUCUACUUCCAGCGGCCACCCAGGGACGUUGACGACGGUGCCGGCUUUUGGCGGACUGCGGCUCGUAUAGUCCGCGAGUCGCUCACUUGCCGCCUUCUAACCCGUUCUCGCGCGGGCUCCCAGAUGUCCACCGAUCCGGAGGACGUUUGCCCCUCGAUGCGCCAGUCGAAGGCUUCUAUUAAGAGAAAUGGCAAACCGGCAGCCACAGACACACCGCCUAACAUGAAGAGUCGUUCCAUGUGCUAAGCGGAACAGAUUUACAGCGUCAUCUGUUCAUGGCGACAUUGGCGAGAAGUGUGAUUGUCGCAUGGACAGCGUACCGUUGAAGAAUCACGAGCUCUAAAGUUUAGGUACCAUACGGAACUGCGCUGUUUUCGGUCUAUCCGCACGCCUGGACCGAUCGGUCAGAACGUGAUCAGUGUGAGCAGUAUUGGAAGCGGCGCUGUGUGGUUUCCCACCGCAACGUUCUUGAGGAAAUACCAACUCCCGCAAGUGCGGCAAUCAACACACACUGGCUUCGUUGUUCAAAA